CGGAGGACGCAGAGGUUGUUUUGGAGGAGGAAGUGAAAGGGGAAGAGAAACGCCGAGGGGGAGCAGAUAGUUAGCCCGCUGGUAGACGAGCCUUCAAGAAAAAGUGCCAAACUUAAACACCAGCUGAAGAUAAUCUGCCUCGUCAAUCUACGACACGGGUUGUGUUAGUAUUCACGCAAAGGGCAACAUCUUUUUCUAACAAUCUGAAUCGUGGUUUUGCCAAAUCAACGCCAGCUAACGAGUCCAGUGACAGCGAGCUAGCUUGCUAGCUAACGUGACGCCUAGUUAGCCAGUGUCGCUGUCUGUCCUGAUCAAUAACAGCCAGUCAGCCCGCAGCCGGGUCGGUUCCUGUCGAGAAGUCGCCGUGUCGGUGUGCUACAAGUCCAAACUGUGGAAAAAUGACAUCCAGGAAGAAAGUGCUCUUGAAAGUCAUCAUCCUGGGAGAUUCCGGUGUUGGAAAGACCUCCCUUAUGAACCAGUAUGUGAACAAGAAGUUUAGUAACCAGUACAAAGCUACAAUAGGAGCAGACUUCCUGACCAAGGAGGUGAUGGUGGACGACCGGCUCGUUACAAUGCAGAUCUGGGACACAGCUGGCCAGGAGAGGUUCCAGUCUUUGGGUGUGGCGUUCUAUCGUGGAGCAGACUGCUGUGUGCUGGUGUUCGAUGUGACUGCACCCAACACCUUCAAGACACUCGACAGCUGGAGGGAUGAGUUCCUGAUCCAGGCCAGCCCUCGAGAUCCUGAGAACUUCCCCUUUGUGGUGCUCGGCAACAAGAUUGACUUGGAGAACAGACAGGUAACCACCAAAAGGGCUCAAGCUUGGUGUCAGAGUAAGAACAACAUCCCAUACUUUGAGACCAGCGCCAAAGAAGCCAUAAAUGUAGAACAGGCAUUCCAGACAAUUGCACGCAACGCCCUCAAACAAGAGACAGAGGUGGAGUUGUAUGAUGAAUUCCCAGAGCCUAUAAAACUGGAUAGGAAUGACAGAGCUAAACCUUCAGCAGAAAGCUGCAGCUGCUAAGGGACAACUUGGACCAUCUUCUCUCUUGGCUUUCUGAAACACCCUGUCACCGGUUACAUCACCUGCACCUCGUUCCCAGGGAGAGGACUCCCCGACUGGUCUUCCUCCUUCACGCCAAUGUUUAUUCCAUAGACACAAACCCUCACGCAGUACGCUGCAAAUGGAUGUACCCUCCCCACCCGCAGUACACAAAUUAAUACACUAGCGUACACUCGCUGACAAAUCCAGUGCCCAAAGAUCACAGGAGAGAAGAAUUACAUCCCUUCUGACCUCAAAGUCCAUGACUUGAUAGUGAGUGAUCUGCUGUCCCGCCCACCCAUUUUUUGACUUUGGCCCCUGACUCUCACACUGAGGGGGCAAGAUGGAGCCAUGUGCAAAGAGUGCAAUUGGAAACUCUAGAUAGACUGGCUGAAGCUCUGUAAUGUGAGAUGAUGUUGGCUAAUGUCAGCAUCCCCAGUAUCUUAUACUCUCUUUCUGUUUUCUUUUUGCUUUCUAUUGCCUAUCUGUCAAAAAAGAAUCGAGUUGAACUAUAUAUAUAUAUAUAUAUAUAUAUAUAUAUACAUAUAUAUAUGUAUAUAUAUAUAUAUAUAUUUUAAUUGGCUGAUGUUAUUUCUUAAGCCUGAAACACAAACUUGUUUUUUUGCACUUUCUUUUUAUGUUUUUGCCUUUAAAUAAUAUCGAGGGAUGACUGAUUUUGGGCAACAUCUGCUACCACAUGCAUUUUGUUAAGCUUCAAAUUAGACCUCGUCACCUGUUUUCCUUGUCAAAUAUGUCCCCUGAGAAUCUGUUGAACACUAUGGUGAUUGUAACUGCCUCACACUGCAGAAGAAAUGUUCCUAAGUAGACAUUAAGUAAAAGCUGAUAACGCAGUCACAGUGUAAAACAUGGAUUGAUUCCUUGAUAUAUUAAUAUUUGCCUUUUAUGUAACAAUACUUGUACUGCUACUAUUACUGCUGUAUGUGUUAUGUCCUUCAUCAGACAUCUUUCAACGCUAUGGAAUUACAAUACGCGUCACCAACACAGCAUACACCUGUCUUCUGUCAUGUCUUUGUUAUUGCUGUUCUCUCUAUCUGCUUGUAGCUCAGGUUGGCUAAGUACUUAAUAUUUUUAACGGAUUGUGCAUUACGGUGUAUAGAUGGUAAAGGUAAAUGGCUGAUGGAUUCAACUGAAAUGGACGUUAUCUCUUCCAUUUAAAGAAAAGAUCCAACAUUUUGCCCUGGUAUUACUCUUUCUCCUUAUAGAAAAAAAAAUCACUGCAACGCCAAUGAUGUUGUCAAAGAAAAUUGGGACGUCAAAUAAUAAAAACUCUUGAAUAUAUCAA